AUGGGAUUUUGGCGGACUACUCAACAGUGGUUCACACCAAGCUCGGAAAAUGAUGUCCUAACUCCUGGAUGCGUUAAUUUAUCUCCGGCAUGGUUUCAGCAGGGGCACGAGAAUCAGUCCGAUCCGGAGGUAUCUGCAUCAUUGAAGGGACCAUCCUCCGAGAACAUCCUCAAAGCCAUUGCGAGGCCAGCAGCCAUUGCCACAGCGGCACUCAGGGUGAUGCAUCCUGAGCAGUACUGGGCAGGGUUGCAAGCCUUUGCGAGCCUCGGAGAAAAGGCACGAAGCAAGGAACUGCCGAAGAUGUCAGAGACUCUCCAGUACUGGGCAACGGUGUUUAACAGCCUCACCAUCAUCAUAUGCAAUCGGGAAACCCCGAAUCAUCGAGACCCCUCAUCGAUUUCCGAAUGCUUCGAUAUUCUCACUAGCGUGGGGAAUUAUUCUAAUGCUCGGAUGAGUAUGCCAAGCCUGCAGCUGGAGUUAAGUGGAAGGGGAUCGGAUUGCCUGGGCAUGGUAUAUGAGGGAUGCUGUUCAUGUUUAUGCUGGGAUUCCGUCGUGUGGAUGGGCAAGGUUGGAUUGGAAGAAGUAGAAAGGCACUCCAUACUCAACAUUCGGGUUUCGGGUCUUGAUAGUCGGGACUCGAUAUUCGAUUUCACCGACUACCGAGUACCGGGUUUCGGGUUUCGGUACACGUGUCGAAUCUCGGGCUUCGGGCUUCGUGUUUCGGGUCUCGAUAAUAGGGACUCGAUACUCGAUGGUCGGCACUCACAUCUCGGGCUUCGGGAGUCGAUUGUCGGGACUCGGGUUUCAAGACUCGGUAGUUGGGACUCGAUAGUGCGGAUUCGGGUUUCAAGACUCGGUACCCGGUACUCGGGUUUCGGUACUCGGUGA